GGGCAGGGGCAGGCAGGGCGAGCCAGUCGCUAGUCGCUGUGUGGCCGUGCGCGAGGGAGGGUCGUCGAGCCCGUGCCGUGUACCUAGGCCCCGUGUGCGUGCGUGCGCGUGGCGUGGCGUGGUGGUGUGGCGUGCGCGUCCGGCCCCUGGAGGCCCUCGUCACGAGUCUAGGACUCUCCCGAGCGGAGCAUGGCGGCCGAGAACCGGCAGGCGGCUCCGCGACGGCGGCGAGCAUGAGGGACCCCGUCGUCCUGGUCCUCCCCCUCAGCAGCGGACACACCGGAGAGCAGCCGCCGCCGCACCGCCGCUAGCCGGCCCCAUGGCCGCCACCGAGUGGAUCGCAGCCAUCGACAAGCGGCCGGUGGACCGCAGCCGCCGGGACGCGGACCUGAUCGCCCACCGCCUGAGGCGCGUGGAGGCGCUGGACCGGCUGCCCUCCAGCAUCCUGCACCAGCUGGCGCUCGUCGGCUACUACGAGGACCUGGAGAAGGGUGUCACCCAAAAACAAGGAGACCAUGGAUCUUUUCGUGAGCAGCUGCAAGAUCAACAACAAGAAUGGUUAGUAUGCCUGGGUGUGCCGGGUGUAUCAGGAAGCGAACGGCCUAGCUACACGGAGGCCACGGCACCGGGGACGCCGUCGUCGCCGUGCACCACGCCGACGGUGACGAGCCGGAGAUCAGCCAGCCCGGACGAGCCGGACCCGGCCAAGCCCAUCACCGAUGCCCCCGGCGCGCAGGCCAUCCGCAUCGGCUUCGUGCUGCGCCACCUCCUGGCCGCCGGCUUCGCGCCCGACUCGCUGCGCGGCGCCCUCACCCUCGACGGCCAGGUCAUCUUCGCGCGCGGGCGCCGGGCGUGGACCGGCUCCGACCUCGUGGACUGGCUCAUCGAGGUGUCCGGAGGGCUGGUGCGCUCGCGGCAGCAGGCCUGCGCCAUGUGGCAGUGCCUGCUCGAGGAGGGCGUCAUCGUGCACGGUGAGUUACACGUCUGUGAGAGCCCGCGGGCGGGUUUCGAACUCGUGGGAGAGUGA